CAUCUAAUAGCUGGAUUAGACAAUCAUGAUAUUAAUAUUGUACAAUUAAACGCUGUUACAAUAAUAUUAAAUAAAAAAUGCCACAUCAAUAUAAGCAUAAAGACUGGGAAAGAUAUUUUCCGAAGGUACCGGUGGUCACAUGGAUAAAAACACAGAAUUUGCGUAAAUUUAAAUCGUGGACAUAUACAGGUCUUGCUUGGACUGUUCUGUUGGGAACUACAACAUUAUAUUUAACAGAUUGGAAUCCAAUUGCAAAAUUUUUACCAUCGAAAAAGAAAACUGAAAUAAAUACGGAUAACAUAGAUCCAUCAAACACUUCCUUAUAUCAAAAAGUUGCAUACGGCUGUGGGUUUUAUAAAUUCAUCAGACCUAGUUGUAAAACAAAAACCGAUGAACCAAAGAAAAAGAAAAGCGUGGAAUCUUCAUCUGAUGAUGUUGAAUAUGCAGUUGAAGCUACUGAAGAAACGGCCUCUAAAGUUACCGGUCAAAAAAUUAUAGAUACCGAAGUUGCAUCCAAAGAAGACGAUGGUAAAAAGAAAAAAAAGAAGUCAAAAUUUUUUCGAACAGAAAAUGAAACAAAUAUUGAUCAACUUUUAAUUAUCGAUACUAAAAUACCACCCAAUAUGGUUGAAAAAGGCUUCGAAGGUGACAUUCCUUCGAAUGAAGAUAGUUCAACUGAUAAUGAACUAUUUGAAAAACUACCUGAAAAUAUUGAUCCCUUUUUACUAACAGACACUAAAACACCACCGAGUAGAGUAACAAAGGGUUUCGAAGGUGACAUUUCUUUGAAGGAAGACAAUUCUACCGAUAAAUAAAUUCAAUAAAAUACCAGACAAAUCUUUUUCUAUUUUGGGACACAAAAGUGCUCUUAAAAUAUAAUAUUUGGUUUUACUAAAUGAUGUUUCUACUGAAUUGUUGUGAUUAUUAUUUUUUAUUAUCAAUAAAUUUUA